UUCGUUUUUAUGACGUAAGCGCCCGGACGAUACGACUUAUAUUGCGAUAAAUCGGCGAUUCCGUAUUUCUCUAGGCAAACACGCAGAUCCCGUUUUCUCAUCCCACCGACUUCUUCUCCGGCCACUCUAUCCGCCUCUUUCACCGUCAUCGGAGGUUUAGGAUUUAAACUAGAGUGAAGAUUAGGAAGUGUCGGUAAGAAGGAAAAAUCAGCAACGAGAACAGGAUUCUGAGGCUAAAUUUCAAUGGAGGGCGUUGGAGGUAGUAAUAGUGCAUCAGCUGCUACUUUGGAUCAAUGGAGGCAGUUUUCCAUGCGUUUUCAGUUUUACUUGGAUAAAACUACUCCACAUGCGGUUUAUAGGUGGAUUGCCACUGCAGUUUUACUGGUUCUAUAUGCAGUGAGGGUUUAUUAUGUGCAAGGGUUCUACAUUAUCACCUAUGGUCUGGGAAUCUACAUACUGAACCUGUUGAUUGGGUUUCUGUCACCACUGGUUGACCCUGAACUGGAACCUUCUGAUGGCCCCCUGCUACCUACUAAAGGCUCAGAUGAGUUCAAGCCUUUCAUCCGACGGCUGCCUGAGUUCAAGUUCUGGUACGCUAUCACAAAGGCUUUCAUCAUAUCAUUCUUGAUGACUUUCUUCUCUAUGUUUGAUGUCCCCGUCUUUUGGCCUAUACUACUUUGUUACUGGUUUGUGCUAUUUACCCUCACAAUGAAACGCCAGAUCAUGCACAUGAUCAAAUACAAAUAUGUCCCUUUCAAUAUCGGAAAACAGAAAUACGGUGGUAAGAAAUCUUCAGCUGGGAGCAGCAGUGGCUCACGUGCAGAUUGAAGCGGUUUGAGAGGGGGAAGGGGUUGUUCUUAAUCUUUUGGGUUCCAAAUGAUGAUAUUGAAGAAACAAAAAAAAGAUAAUGAAUUCAGAACGUUUGAAAUAUUUGAAAACCGUAAUAGAUUUAGAUUAUAAUAUGAUAGAUUCGAUUCGUGUACAAACAUGACGAUGAAUGUGUGUUACUACUACUACUUCGUUCACACAUUUAUUUUGGCUUGUUUUUCUUUUAAAUGUUUUUAAACAUUGUGCUAUAUUAUCAUCCACCAAUUUGCUCUGUCGGUUA